UGUUUUUAGUGCCCCCACUCCAUCAAAAGCCACCACUCCACCAUAAAACUCACAUCAUCACAACCCACAAAUCAAUCCAACUUCCUCCCAAUAACUUCUUUAGUGCGUUACGAAAAUGUCAUCGCGUCCUGCACAGCCACACCUCAACGGCGCCUUCUACGGCCCUCCGGUCCAACCAAAAACCAAAUCCUACCACCGCCCUGGCCGCGGCAGCACGUGUAACCCUAUAACAUGUUGUUGUAGUUGCAUUUGCAACUGCAUCAUCCAACUCAUCUGCCAAAUCCUAAUCACCAUCGCGGUCUUCGCAGCUAUCAUCGGCUUAAUCUUCUGGUUCAUCUUCCGCCCAAACGUCCCUAAAUUUCACGUCGAUAACGCCACCCUCACUCAAUUCACCAUGUCCCCUACUAAUAACACUCUCAACUACAACCUCGUCGUCAACAUGACGUUUCGCAACCCCAACCGCCGGUUAGGAAUCUACUACGACAACAUCGAGGCCACCACAAUGUACUCCAGUCAGCGGUUUUCGACCAAGGAGGUUGAUGGUUUUUAUUUGGGACAUAAGAAGGAGAAAUAUAUUGGUCCCGUGUUUAAAGGAGAGCAAGUGGUGGUGUUUGAUGGUGGUGAUAGAUCGAAAUAUGAAUCAGAGAAGAGUGAUGGUGUGUACAAAAUUGAUUUGAAGCUGAAGUUGAAGAUUAGUUAUAAAGUGUUGUGGAUGAAAACACCAAAAUUUAAAGCUAAAUAUGAAUGUGAUUUGAAGGUUCCGUUGAGUUCUAAAGGUAAAGUUUCAAAUGUCAAAUUUGAGGGAGCAAAUUGUAAUUUUGAUUGGUGGGGAAGAAGUUGAUGAUGGUGGUUUAGUGAUAGUUUUAUAAGUUAAUUAAUAAUUAUAAUACAAUGAUUAUGAUACUAAUAGU